CUAUUACUUUUUCAACUAAGAAAUUGGCAAACAGUAACCUUCACUUUUUUCAUAGAACAUUGGUUGGAUCUUGCAUAUUUUUUUUACUGUUUCUUCCGGCUACUAUUUGUUGUAAGAUACAUAGUAUUGUGAUAGUAUCAUUUGAUCUGAAGGCCUAUUUGUCCAAUAAUAUGCCAGCCGACCUGCCCAAUUUGACAUGGCUUUGGCAAGGGCGUGGUUUAGGUUGCUGGACUAGCUUAAACUUUUAUCAAAAUAAAAAGGAUUUUCAGUUGAUAUAUCAUACUAGUGUUCUGACAAUACAAUAGAUGUUCAAAGGUUAUAUUUUAAAGGUACUCCAUGCAUGUGCUGGUUAAAUCUCAUUGGAUUGAAGUGAUUGAAAUACAUAUUUUUUCGACUUAUAUAAAGUUAUGUUGUCAGGCACUCUGUGAUCUAUCAUUCAUUUGUGUUUGCCUCAGCGUUGAUAACACUGCAUUUUGGGUUGUACCAAUUCGAAGGUUCGUUCUAGCUUGUACCACAUUGCAGGUGGUUGCUGAUAGUUUGCUUCUUCAAUGCAUGACUGCCAUUUACUUCAGAUUUUAGCAUGCAUGUGCUUUAUUGUUUAGUCAGAUUUACUUGAUAGUUUCUUUGGUAAAGAGACGUAUGCGAUGAUAAGAAAGCAAUUAGUUCAUUUUGUAGUCCUGCUCUUAUAUAUAUAUAUAUGAUAUAUAUGUGUUUUGUUCUUUGUCGUUGUGAUGGUUUUUCUUUGAUAAAAAACCGCUAAAAUUGUCCCCUAUGUGCGCAGGCAAGGUCCUUUUGCAGGCAAGGUCACUUUGGAUUCUUGUAAUGGUGGUUGUCUUGAGCCUCACCGCUUACACCUUCUGGGCUGCAAGGAGGGGCAAGGACUUCAGCUUCCUUGGUCCUUUCCUAUUUGCUUCUCUCAUGAUGUUGCUCGUCUUUGGAAUCAUUCAGAUCCUCUUCCCGCCGGGCAAGCCCUCUCACAUGAUCUAUGGCGCGCUGGCGGCACUCAUCUUCAGUGGCUACAUUGUCUAUGACACGGGCAAAAUCAUCAAGCGUUACACGUAUGACGAGUAUGUCCGGGCCGCCGCCUUGCUCUACGUUGACAUCAUCGGUAUGUUCGUGGGCCUGCCGCCGCCCCUGUAUAGGGCGGACGACAGCUAG